CCCGGUUCCUCGGUUACUACGUGCCGGGUCGGUGCUGGGAGGAAGGGCGCGAGGCUUAUCACUUUAUUGCAAAAGCCAGUCAAGAUUUAAGUUUCCUCUGGUGAACCAGUGUGCAGAUCGUGACUUAUGGCAGCCCAGGAGAUCAAUAAGCAUGCCGUUCUCCCUCCUAUCAUUAGUAGCAGUGACAAGGACUUUCUGGAAAAUAUGCAAAGAUACAUAAUUACAGAAACUGAAAGAGUGGGCUGCAAGGAGGAAGGACCUGCUGAUGAAUAUUACACCAUAUAUCGCACCGUUUUUGAUAAGGUAAUUGACUAUGUCACUGCAUACAAAUCCAUUCUUACUUCAAUCAAAAAAGAAUAUGAUGCCUUUAUUGAGACAAUAAAGAAAACAAAAAGAGCUUCAUUUUAUCUUCAUGGAAAACUUAAAGUUUUGGCAGCAGAGCCCACCACUUUCGUGUAUCACAAGAGAAGAAUAACACAGCUUAAAGCAAAGAUGAGAAUUAUUGAAAACAAUUCUUCAAAGAUCCAGUCGCAAAUACAUCAAGCAAGACGGCUUAGGGAAGGGUAUUAUACAGAAGAAACAAAAUAUUAUGCUUGCUCUAAAGACCCAUCAGCAUGUAUCCCAGGCCUGACUCUCCAAGAAUCCAUCAGUCUGGAAGCACUCACUAAACACAUGAAAUACCUUGAAAAUAAAUAUGCAGAACUAAAGCAGUCUAUGUCAGUAGACUAUAUAUCAGUUCAGAAGAAGGCUGAUUUAGAUGAAGAAAUGAUUAUGCUAUUAAAACGGCGAGAUAAAGCUGAAAAUCUGAACAAAGAAUUGCAGUUUGGUCAUCAAAAACUACAGAUUAUUUCUAGUGCAUUUAACUUAUGGAUGAAAUCUGAUAUGAGCAGUUCCUUCCCAGAUUUUGUAGAGCAAAUUCAGAAAACCAAAGAUUUAUAUGGUGACCAAGGCUCCGCUGAGGAAUUACUGGAAGAUGAUCCAAACCAGACCAGAGAAGCUGAGAUUGUGCUUUACUACAUUGAAAGGUUCAAUGAAUUAAUCUCACUUGGUGAAUAUAAAAAAGCAGCUUGUUUUGCAGCAAAUAGCCCUAGAAGAAUUCUUCGAAACAUUGGCACGAUGAAUAAAUUUAAAGCUGUUGGAAAAAUUAGAGGAAAGCCUCUUCCACUACUCUUAUUUUUUGAGGCUAUCUUUAGCACAAGUCAUGCUUUUAGACAACCUGUUGAUGCAGAACUAACUCUGGAAGGAAUCAAAUGUGGAUUAUUAGAAAAGCGGCUUGAUUUGGUUACCAAUUGGGUCACCCAGGAAAAGCUAACAUUGUCUGAGAAAGCAGGGGAUGCAAUUUAUGAUUACGGGGAACAAGAUACUUACAGCAAAGCCAAGUGCUUGGCUUUAGCCCAGAUUGUCUACAGUGAGUGUGGCCAGCACAAGAAAGUUCUACUCUGCCUGUGUAAGCAGGGACAGAUUCACAGGGCCAUGGAGUAUAUACAGUUCAAGGACUUUACUUCUGAUGACCUGAUACAGCUAAUAACGUUAUGUCCUCAAACUGAAUUAAUUCAGUGUCUCACUAAAGAAUGGAACGGAAAGCCACCGUUUUUAUCUUUCAGUCUUGCCGUGCUUCAUCUGUUCUCUGUCGACUUGAGAAAGACGGGCAUGAUGCUACUUCAGCAAAUAAAUACAGGUGGGAAAGAUGCUGUAGAACAUCUUGUGAUAAGUGAUUCAUUUUGCUCUGUGGAAAAGUGGCAAGAGAUGGCAAAUAUAUGUUUACAAAAUGGCUUUGAAAAGUUAUCCAAUGACAUCAUGUCCAUUCUUCGAGCCCAGGCUGGAGUUACAGAGAUUUCUGAAAAGGAAGAUACAAUCAAUUUAAUGGAACAUGUAUUUUGGUAGUUCUGUAUCUUAACCAGUUGAGGGCGCUUGUAUGACAUUUUAUGUGUGUUGGUUGGACAAUCUAGCCUGGCAUAACUCACUUUUGAAUAAAUCUAGAGUGUGAAACUCUCAGAAAUAAAUCAUACUUCUUUUGUUAUGAUGAC